UGCGUUGGUUGUGAAAGAGUUCUUGCGUUUUUGCGCAAUACUAGAUAUAUAAAAGAAGUCUCCUUUCUUGGCUUCUUUGCUUCUUUAGAUAACCAGUCUGUGGCAUCCAUAGACAGCACUGCACAUCUUCUUCGCACUCGCAAAUAAAUCUCUCUCUUGAUUCCAUUAUCAAGACAAGCCAAGAAGAAACGAAGCCUCGGACAUUCUAACGCUCGGAGCUACUUGUGUUUCAGGUGACAUGGAGAUCGAUAAGGCAAUCAAAGAAUGUGACGACCGGAGGCUCAAGACCAAGUACAACAAUGCUAUCUAUGUUAUUCAAAGAGCUCUCGCUCUAUACUCUAUUGAGGAGGUUGCCUUCAGCUUCAACGGAGGAAAGGAUUCAACUGUUUUGCUGCACCUACUGAGGGCUGGCUAUUAUUUGCAUAACAAGGAGCAAAGUCUAUCAAACGGGGGUCUUGCAGAUUCUCCUAUUAGAACAAUAUAUUUUGAAAGCCCUUCUGCUUUUCCUGAGAUCAACUCAUUUACGCAUGAUAUGGCAACCACGUAUGGUUUGGAGAUGGAAAUCAUUACCUUGGAUUUCAAGUCUGGGUUGGAGGGUUUACUAAAGGCAAAACCAAUCAGAGCUAUUUUCCUUGGUGUCCGUAUUGGUGACCCUACCGCGGUAGGCCAAGAACAAUUUUCCCCUAGUUCACCUGGAUGGCCGCCCUUUAUGAGAGUGAAUCCUAUUUUGGAUUGGUCAUACAGAGAUGUCUGGUCAUUCAUUUUGACUUGCAAGGUCAAAUACUGCAGUCUUUAUGAUCAAGGUUAUACUUCAAUAGGAAGCAUAUACGACACAGUUCCAAAUGAAUUGUUGUGCAUCAGUCACUCCUCCAGCAGCGAUGGAAAAUUUAAACCAGCUUAUUUGCUUUCCGACGGUAGACUUGAAAGAGCAGGUAGAGUGAAAAAGUCUGCUCCUUCUGUUGGUAGGACACCUGUUGGGAAGGUCAUUGAUGGUGUGGAUUCAGAUAAAAACAGCAUGCUCACUGCCUCAGUAAUCGCCGUAGGGGAUGAGAUUUUGUCUGGCAGUGUUGGAGAUGAUUUGGGACUUCUUUUGUGUCAAAAGCUUCAUUCCAUUGGUUGGACGGUAUCACAUGCCGCUGUUGUACAGAAUGAUAUUGAUUCUGUGGCUGAAGAGGUUGAACGGCGAAAAUCUGCCAAUGAUAUGGUUUUUGUAUUUGGAGGGGUAGGCCCUUUGCAUUCUGAUGUAACCUCAGCAGGGGUCGCAAAGGCUUUUGGUGUUCGUCUGGCUCCUGAUGAAGAAUUUGAAGAAUAUCUUAGGCAUCUUAUAGGUGAUCAUUGCACUGGUGACCGGAAUGAGAUGGCUCAGUUGCCUGAGGGUAUCACCGAAUUGCUGCAUCACGAAAAGCUGCCAGUGCCUCUGAUCAAAUGUCAAAAUGUAAUCAUGCUUACCGCUACUAAUGUUCCUGAGCUGGAGAAGGAAUGGUUCUGUUUGAUUGAAUUAACAAGAUCUAAUGGCCUAUUCACAUUGAUGGAGCCAUAUGUAGCAAAGCGCCUAAGCACAUUCCUUCCAGAUGUUGAAACUGCUCGGCCCUUAUCAGAACUUUGCCUCAAAUUCCCAGACUUAAAAAUUGUGUGCCGUCGCAAAUCCAGAAGUGGGCCUCUCAUCAUUAGUUUUGAAGGCAAGCAGGACCUUGCACGCAUUGAAUCUGCUACAGAAGCAUUAUGCAAUAAGUUUCAUUCAGGAGCAUUCUCUGAAGUUAAGUAAGCUGGAGCGUGUGAUUUCCCUUCAUGUGAGAAGUACAUGGAUGCAGACUUAUGGGGAGAUCAAAGGAGUUGCUAUCGUCAAGGAACAACAAAAUUGGGUUUCAGUUGGAACGGAGCAAAGUAUAUGGCUAGGAAAAUAGGUUGCAGUGAAGACAACUGCUACAUAAACAGGCGAAGCCUUUACAACAUGCCGAAAUAACUGAUAAAGAGGAACUUUAAAAACUUUUGUUGUUGUAGUUGUAGUUGUAGUUGAACGGGAAAUGAAUCUCAGCAGGCUCAGUUCUUAAUGUUUCUGGUUUUGAACUAAACAGUGUUUACCUAUUAUCUGGCUCAUCAUCAUUUUUUU